AUGAGGACAGCUCAAACUGAAAAUACUUAGUAGCAUACUUAUCUAACCUUUAGUCAAGAGCCAUCAAUGAUGAAUACUCCUAUUGAACUUAUAGAAGAUGAUAUAUACAGUGAAAUAAUACCAUAGUUUUAGGUGGAUACGACAAACAAUACUUUCAAUAAUACUCGGGUAAUUGAAGAGAAAAAGUAAAGAAGGAUGGAAAAACAAAAUAAAAUUGAGGAUUUCUUCAAUAACCUCUUAAGUAAAGCAUCAUCGUUAUUAAAGUUAAUUAGAAAGGGAGACUGCUUCUUCGUAAAUGAAAAGACAAAAAUCAAAUUUGCAGCUACCAUCUGA